AUGUUACACCCUCCGUCCCACACCCUCCGUCCCACACCCUCCGCCCCACAACCUCCACCCUACACCCUCCACCCCACACCCUCCGUCCCACACCCUCCGCCCCUACACCCUUCGCCCCACAACCUCCACCCUACACCCUCCGCCCCACACCCUCCGCCCCCACACCCUCCACCCUACACCCUCCGCCCCACACCCUCCGUCCCACACCCUCAACCCUACACCCCUCCACCCUACACCAUCCUCCCCACAACCUCCACCCUACACCCUCCACCCUCCACCCUACACCCUCCGCCCCACACCCUCCGCCCCCACACCCUCCACCCUACACCCUCCGCCCCACCCUCCGCCCUACACCCUCAGCCCCACACCCUCCAACCUACACCCUCCACCCUACACCCUCCGCCCCCACACCCUCCACCCUACACCCUCCACCCUACACCCUCCGCCCCCACACCCUCCACCCUACACCCUCCACCCUCCACCCUACACCCUCCACCCUACACCCUCCGCCCCCACACCCUCCACCCUACACCCUCCGCCCCACACCCUCCGCCCCCACACCCUCUGUCCCACACCCUCCGCCCCCACAACCUCCACCCUACAACCUCCACCCUACACCCUCUGCCCCACACCCUCCGUCCCACACCCUCCGCCCUACAUCCUCCGUCCCAAACCCUCCCCCUACACCCUACACCCUCCACCCUUCACCCUCCGCCCCCACACCCUCCACCCUACACCCUCCGCCCCACACCCUACACCCUCCGCCCCACACCCUCCAACCUACACCCUCCACCCUACACCCUCCGCCCCACACCCUCCACCCUACACCCUCCACCCUACACCCUCCGCCCCACACCCGCCACCCUACACCCUACACCCUCCGCCCUACACCUCCGCCCCUACACCCUCCGCCCCCACACCCUCCACCCUACACCCUCCGCCCCCACACCCUCCACCCUACACCCUCCACCCUACACCCUCCGCCCCCACACCCGCCACCCUACACCCUCCACCCUACACCCUCCGCCCCACACCCUCCACCCUACAUCCUCCGCCCCCACACCCUCCGCCCCCACACCCUCCGUCCCACACCCUCCGUCCCACACCCUCCGCCCCCACAACCUCCACCCUACAACCUCCGCCCCACACCCUCCGCCCCACACCCUCCGUCCCACACCCUCCGCCCUACACCCUCCGUCCCACACCCUCCACCCUACACCCUACACCCUCCACCCUACACCCUCCGCCCUACACCCUCCACCCCACACCCUCCGCCACACACCCUCCACCCUACACCCUCCACCCUACACCCUCCACCCUACACCCUACACCCUCGACAAUAUAUUGGAGAUCUCACCCAUCUCUCCCUCACCCCUGUCUCAGAGCCCUUACCACCACACCUGUCUCAGAGCCCUCACCCCUGUCUCAGAACCCUCACCCCUGUCUCAGAGCCCUUACCAUCACACCUGUCUCAGAGUCCUCACCCCUGUCUCAGAGCCCUCAACCCUGUCUCAGAGCCCUCACCCCUGUCUCAGAGCCCUCACCCCUGUCUCAGAGCCCUCACCCCUGUCUCAAAGCCCUCACCCCUGUCUCAGAGCCCUCACCCCUGUCUCAGAGCCCUCACCCCUGUCUCAGAGCCCUUACCAUCACACCUGUCUCAGAACCCUCACCCCUGUCUCAGAGCUAUCACACCUGUCUCAGAGCCCUCACCCCUGUCUCAGAGCUAUCACACCUGUCUCAGAACCCUCACCCCUGUCUCAGAGCUAUCACACCUGUCUCAGAGCCCUCACCCCUGUCUCAGAGCCCUUACCAUCACCCCUGUCUCAGAACCCUCACCCCUGUCUCAGAGCUAUCACACCUGUCUCAGAACCCUCACCCCUGUCUCAGAGCUAUCACACCUGUCUCAGAACCCUCACCCCUGUCUCAGAGCCCUUACCAUCACACCUGUCUCAGAACCCUCACCCCUGUCUCAGAGCUAUCACACCUGUCUCAGAGCCCUCACCCCUGUCUCAGAGCCCUUACCAUCACACCUGUCUCAGAACCCUCACCCCUGUCUCAGAGCUAUCACACCUGUCUCAGAGCCCUCACCCCUGUCUCAGAGCUAUCACACCUGUCUCAGAACCCUCACCCCUGUCUCAGAGCUAUCACCCCUGUCUCAGAGCCCUUACCAUCACCCCUGUCUCAGAGCCCUCACCCCUGUCUCAGAGCCCUCACCCCUGUCUCAGAGCCCUCACCAUCACCCCUGUCUCAGAGCCCUCACCCCUGUCUCAGAGCUAUCACCCCUGUCUCACCCUCUAA